UUUCUUGUCUGCCUAUUCUUAUGAGAUCUUGUUCCAAAACACCCCUCAUCAACAACCAAAGCGAGAAGUCGACACCCUCUUGUUACUUGCUAAGCACCCUUUGUUCCCUCCGAAGCUCCUAAGGACGUUCUAAACCCGGUCGUCUCGAGGGGGCGUCUUAUCUUCACCCUUGCUUUAUCGGUCGGAUAGCAACCCGCCCCGUGAGCUUAACUACCACCCCGAAAGCUCCCGUCUAGCUGCAACUGCCGUGGACCCUGUCAUUUCCUAUCGCACAUUUCCGUGCCUCUGUUUGGUUCACUUAGUUGCCCUGCCAGGCCUGGACUCUUGUUAGUCGUGGGGCUGUACUGCUUAUCGAGCUGCCGCCGGCCGCGCUCAAGUGGUCAACUGUUUUCGACAGCAAUCUUGGGUCCAGUCCCAGUCCUCCGCACCAUCAUCACUGGGACUUUGUCGUCUUGGCUUACGGCAAACAUUUCCGGCCAUUACAUGAGAGCUUGCACAAUCCAGGCUGUUACGGCAAGUCUUUUUGACCGAGUCCAGGUUCUCCGCAUCGACCUGGGCGCACACCCUGGAGCACCUCCACACCCUCUGCUGCACCAAACGGCCAGAGCGACAAACUUGCCGCCAUCCGUAACCACUAUCACCAUAAACCCCCCCUAACAAAAAGCCCACGCAACCAUGUCUACACCUAUCGCCGUGGCCAGGACGGCCCCCAUACCCAUCGCGCCCAAGCCCUCGCGUAAAACGCCGAGUCGGCAGAGCACCAUGUCGGACGCCUUUUCCCAUAAUAUGAGCGGUCUUAACUCACCUGGAUCAGACUCGGCGUCGAUGAACGGGGGCCAGCCGUCUAUGCCCUGUGAUGCCUGCCUGAGCCGUCGAAUAAAGUGCAUCCUCAGCGAGGAUGAUGACCAGGACAGUACAGGUAACACCUGCAUAUCAUGCCAGGCAAACCGUAUGGACUGUUCCUUGGCUGAAAGUCCGGCGCUACGGAAGCGCAAGCUGAAUGGCGACCAGGAGGUUAGCCACAGCAAAAGAAGCUCCCCCGGCUGGUCUGACAGCAGGAAGCAACGCCAGCACCAACCUGGACAUGCCAGUUUCUCCAGCACCGUUGCGAGUAGUUCUUUCAUCGAGGAUAUGGCGAACUUUGGAGGGCCGACUCUCCUCAAACGGUCUUUGGGUCUGCAAAAAGACCGUUAUAGCCAGUACAUAGGACCGACGACCGACUUUGAGCCGUCGCUCAUAAACCUCUCUCCCUUCGACCCUCAUGAUGAAAGUCUGCUGGCGCGGGGCACUUUGCGGAAAGUCGGCGAGCAUGAUACCUUUUUGCUGCUUCCGGAUCAUAUCACGCCCGGCUAUGAGCACCAGCCCAGCGACUCGGAGGAAAUCGAAAAGAUUGUUGCACCGCACGGCCGCAAGCUGCUCGACCUAUACUUCCGCAUCGUCCACCCUGGCUUUCCUGUCCUGCAAAAAUCAGUAAUUUAUGACAAGUACGAGAGGGACUACCGUGACAUCUCACCUCCGCUACUUGCCGCCAUAUACAUCUUGUCCAUCAACUGGUGGGACCACGAUGAGAAUCUAGCGUCGUUACCGAAACCAAACGUCACCGACCUCGAGCGGUUGGUGCGCGACACGCUCGCCGAUUCCAUGUUUCGUCCAAAGCUCUCGACGGUACAGGCAGGACUACUACUCUCACAGCGCCCCGAAGGAGACCAAUGGGCACCGACGGCACAGCUCGUGGCCAUAGGACAGGAGCUUGGUCUUCACCUCGAUGCCAGCGCCUGGAAAAUACCCCUGUGGGAAAAGGGGCUGCGAAAGCGACUCGCCUGGGCCUUGUACAUGCAGGACAAAUGGGGCUCGCUGGUCCAUGGUCGCCCUUCACAUAUUUUUGCGUCCAACUGGGCGGUACAGCAGCUUGCGCCAGGCGAUUUCCCCGACGACGAGUGGGCUGACGACAAUGUUGAGGAUCGGGAGGAUAUCGAGAGAGGCCGGAUUCUGUUUGCACAGAUGGUGCAGCUGACACAGAUACUUGCUGAGACUUUGGAUACGUUCUACACCUUGCAGGCGAUGCAAACAAUAUCGAAUGCAGGAGCACAGGGGACGUUGGUGGUCCUCUCGUUGGCCAAGCCCAUUCAAAUAAGGCUGAGGGAGUGGUAUAGUUCGCUGCCCGGCCCGAUUCGCAUGGACUCGAGCAGCGCUUCCCCGUCACAGUGUUUUCCCACAUCGAACAAAAACGGGAGACUCACCAGUAUUGGCUAUUUACACCUGGCAUACUUUGCCACCGAGAUAACACUGCAUCGACGUAUUAUCCGCUCCCUUGCCGUUACCGAAGAGCUGGCAACAGGUGCAGGUAAUGGAAACGGCACUCCUUCAUCUGCGGCAGCAACACCAGCAUCCGCAUCCGCACCGACACCCACGCCAAAUUUUGGACCAGCAAGCCCCGAGACGAUAUUGGAUGUCUGCAGGAGUGCAGCCAAGGCUCGACUGAUUUCGGCUAUGGACUUUGUCAACCGCCUGACGCCAUCGCACCUUCGUGCGUUUUGGUACUUUGCAUCAAAGACCAAUUUCGCUCUCAUAGGCACGUUCGGCUCCCUACUGUGGGCGACCUCGCCGGGCCGUCAAGAGGCCGACUGGUACCGCAGGCGGUUGGCAGAGUACCGAUGGACUCUCUCAGUAAGCUCCAAACCGGGCGAGGGCAGGGGACUGACCGAGUUUGCCAUGGGCAUGCUCGACAUCAGCACAGGACUAUUGAACAAGCUGCCUGAGAAGCCUUUGGUUAGCCGUAGCGGCUCUGCAGUCGACUUUGAGGGCAUGAGGCGGCAGCUGGCCAUGGGAACGGGAGUGAGCGCUCGGGGCCCGCCUGGUUCUGCCGGUGUGGCUGGCAGCCUGCCGGCAGGUCGCGGUCUCGGCGGUCUGGGUGGUCUCGGUGGCGGGCAGUCCUUUAGCUUCAGCAACCUUCAAAGCGCAUACGGAAGCGGUGUGCUAAGUCCGAGAAGCCACAGCGGUGACGGAUUGGUCGGUGAAGACCUUGAUGGGGAGGAAGAGGGAGACAGCAGUGAUGACGCGAGCGGAGACGAGUUCAUGUACGGGGGCAUACCACCACCGUAGAAGAAUCCCUUAGUGAAACUUAUUUUGAAAUCAAAGUCUAGGAUGGAUGGAGGUCGGAAAAUCUCCGAGUUUAUGUUUGACGAUUCUAAUUGGAUGUUUUGGACAUAUUGUAGCCUGCUUGGGGGGUGGUUCUCCAAUUUCGGCCGGUGGUUUGGCGAACAAAGUCAUCUUUUGUGUAUCCGGCGAGUGUCUGUUGGUUAUAUUCCUAGUCUAGGACGAGAGAGCAGUCGGCUAAGUUGAUAGGUUUGACAGGGGAUUGAUUGCUGGGGCACGAUGGUAUGAGAAGGAGGAAGAAAAAUAACGAAGUGAAUGACUUAUUUUCUUGGACGAAGGACACGGGCCAAAAGACUUUCCUGUGUUGAAAUUGGAUAGAUGACGAACUCUCGGUACAGCACGCAAUGUUCAAGUCGUGACAUUGCGUGAUGGCAUACACCAUAUCAUGCAUGCAUCUCAUGUCGAACAGGUAAAAAAGUAACGCAAUAUAGGCUGCUUGGGUUCUUUGAAAACUCUUUAACCCCAGGAAGACCCAAUUAAUUGCUAGAACUAGGACCGAAUUGUCAAGACAGUAUCGGCCCAAUCAACGUGUGAACGGGUUAGUGUCUUUCCAGUCCUGCCUCAAACGAACCUACGAGUAUGCAGCGAGCCAUCUGCGAAAUUCUGUGCAUAAUAGGUGACGAUUCAAUGUUGCUUUUUUUUUUUCGUAUGCGAGAAAGUGUCAAGGGACACCUGGAUAACUGUCGUGCGACAAAAGGACUGCCCUGAAAAAGGCGAGCCG